AUGUCAAAUCCUGCAGGCAACGACAUCCGUUCGAGGCCAAUCGACUUGUUGUUUUGCUGCCUCACAAAUGACCCAACAUACACGGAAUUUGAACAGUUUGCUCAAGUCCUUAAUUCACUGGCAAGCAUCGUCAUUCCUACACCGGACUUCGCUGGCAUCUUGGGGUUGGGCAAGCGGCUGUGGUUGGGACAGGUGACCUGGAAGGAUUUCGUGGAUGACUUCUUGGACAACCAUUUGACUGCGGGCGACAUCGGAACUUCAGAGACCUCGGAACAACUGGGUAAUCCGGUUAUUGCCUGCCUUGUUGUUUCUGCUAUUGACGUUCAAUCUUUGCAUCCAGACUCGCGGAACACCUUGAAUACCCUGGAGGUCCGGUUGUUGCUCGAAGGUUAUGUCCGCCGGCAGAGGUCUAAGCCUGAUCAACCCUGGAACAUCAGAGAUCAAGUUCUAUGGCAAGCCCUUAGCAGAGCGUUGCCAGGGAAGGAUCACAGUGAUGUCUUGAAAGGCAUAAUCUGGAAGAUCGUGUCCGGCCAGAACGUCUCCGAUGUGUUGAACGCAUUGAA